GAACGAGAGGGGCAGAGGCAGAGCCCACCAAAGGAGAGGCUGUCAUUCCAGCAGAGCAGAGACCUAGCGUUGUCAUCCCAGUACCCAGGCCGCGCCCAGGCAGAGACCUAGCGUUGCUACCCCAGUACCCAGGCCGCGCCGCAGAGGAAAGGAGGAGAGGGCAGGGCUGCAGCUUUUGUUGAGACAGAUGCACACUGGUGGCUUUUCUCCUCAGUCCUCUGUAAAAAAAACGGGAGUGAGUGAAGGGGGGAGGAGGCACGGAGAGGAAGACGAGAAUUAACACCAUCCAUCCUUUUUUUUCUAUCUGGGAAGACUGCUGAGUGCUGCUCUUCUCUCUUUUCAUUCCUGUUCUUAUUGUAUCUGGGAAGACUGCUGUCGUUCGGCACAGAGAUUUUCUCUUUUCAUUCCUAUUGUAUCUGGGAAGACUGCUGUUGUUCGGGCACAAAUCCUCUCCAUCCCCCUCUUUGCGGCCUUUGCGUCGCCUGGACAGAGAGAGCGUUCCUGCUUUGUUGCCGUUCGUCUCUCAGCGCUCUAUUCGCUGAGUCAUCAUGGCAGACGUUACGCCUCAGGCCGAUGCCCCGACCCCCACCACUGACAAGAUCACGCAGGCAGCCCGGGAGACCAUCUAUCUGUGUAACUUCCGCGUGUCGGUGGACGGAGAAUGGCUCUGUCUCAGGGAGCUGAACGACAUCUCCCUCACCCCAGACCCAGAGCCAGCCCACGAAGAUCCGAAGGACCCUAUAGCCAUCGAGCGGUUGAACCUGAUGAACAUGGCUAAGCUGAGCAUCAAGGGUCUGAUUGAGUCGGCCCUGAACCUGGGCAGGACGCUGGACUCUGACUACGCUCCGUUACAGCAGUUCUUCGUGGUCAUGGAGCACUGCCUCAAACACGGACUCAAAACCAAGAAGACGUUCCUGGGGCAGAACAAGUCUUUCUGGGGGGCCCUGGAGCUGGUGGAGAAACUCACCCCUGAGGCUGGAGAGAUCACCGCCAGCGUCAAAGACCUGCCAGGACUCAAAACCCCGUUAGGAAGAGGGCGGGCCUGGCUGCGAUUGGCCCUGAUGCAGAAGAAGCUGUCAGACUACAUGAAGACCAUCAUCAACAGAAAGGACCUGCUCAGUGAGUUCUACGAGGCCAAUGCUCUCAUGAUGGAGGAGGAGGGAGCCGUGAUCGCCGGGCUGCUGGUUGGGUUGAACGUCAUCGAUGCCAACCUCUGUAUGAAAGGAGAAGACCUGGACUCACAGGUCGGGGUGAUAGACUUCUCCAUGUAUCUUAAGGAUGGAGGUCACAGCAGCAAGACUGUAGAAGGGGAUGGACAGAUCACAGCCAUCCUGGACCAGAAGAACUACGUUGAGGAGCUCAACAGACACCUGAGUGCUUCGGUCAACAACCUGCAGGCCAAAGUGGACACUAUGGAGAAGUCCAACACCAAGCUCACUGAAGAGCUUGCAGUAGCCAACAACCGGAUCAUCACCCUACAAGAGGAUGUAGAACGAGUCAAGGAGGAGAGCUCCUACCAGCUAGAGUCCAGUCGCAAGGCGUCGCGGUCAGGGGACGGCUUGGCAGACGGCCAGGUGCUGGGAGAGGCACGCAAACAGCUUAAGGAGGAAACUCUGCUACGAUUGGAUGUAGAGAAGGAGUUGGAGGUUCAGAUUGGUAUGAAGCAGGAGAUGGAGCUGUCUAUGAAGAUGUUAGAGACGGAUAUGUGUGAGAAACAGGAUGCUCUGGUGGAACUACGACAACAGCUGGAUGAUCUCCGGACCCUCAACUUGCAGCUAGCGCAGAAGUCCCAGAGCUCAGAGGUGAGCGCCAAGCAGAAGAGUGAGGUCAUCAGUCGCCUAGAGGAGAAGACAAAUCAGAUGGCUGGGACAAUAAAACAGCUAGAGAUCAGUGAGGAAGACUGUGUGAAGCAGGCCAGAAGCUUGAGUUCCAACGCAGAGAAACUGCUUCAGAAGCAACAGUAGUCCUCCCUCCCCUCUCCUCUGUUCCCCAGAAUGACACCCACAUCCUCGUUUGAUAAACCCUGAUCCAAAUCAGAAAAAAACAAUAUUUGCAUAAUAUAGAAAUUACUUAAAGGGAUACUUCAGGAUUUUGGCAGUGAGGUCAUGUGUCUACUUCCCUAGAGUUAGAUGAACUUGUGGAUUCCAUUUUGUAUGUCUCCGCAUGCAGUUUGAAGCAAGUUGCAAACUAGCGCUAGCGCAAUUGCUAACUAGCGUUAGGGCAAUGACUGGAAGUCUAUGGUAUCUGCGAUCAUGUUAACUAAUGUUAGCGCAAUGACUGGAAUGCAAUCGGGUCUGCUAGCAUAUACCAUAGACUUCCAGUCAUCGCGCUAACGCUAGUUAGCAAUUGUACCAAUGCUAGUUAGCAACUUUCUUCAAACUGCACACAGAGACAUGAAAAUGCUGUCCACGAGUUCAUCUAACUGUAGGGAAGUAGAUAAAGGACCUUAUUGCCGAAAUCCCGGACUAUCCCUUUAACUAGGUUACUUAUUUUUUGGUAUGAUAUCUGUUACGGUUCCUUUCCUUCUCUAGUGUUAAAUUACAUUUUAUUUCCUAAACCUCUACUCUCCUGACUGAUAUAGUCUCUCUGGCUUCCUCUAGCCUGGUUUUCUGUUCUUCCGUGUGUUUUUCUGUCGGUAUACUAGCAGUGCAGAGGGGGCUCCAUUCUGCUCGCUGGGUUUCAGGACUUUAGCUUGGGUUCAUUCCGUAAGGAAUGAAGAUAUCAGAUCCCCCCCCCCCCCCACACACAUGUAAUGAAUGUUCCCUGAUACAAGACUUCGAGUUUGGGAUGUCAGCCAUUUUCGGGAAGAGAGAUGGAUGUACUGUUCUGAAAAUUGAAAUGGCUGUUGUUGUUUCUUGUAAAUCGAUCCCCUGAAGCCCCCCCCCUACAGUCAAGAAUUGGCAAGAAUUUACAAAAUACCAUAAAGAUCAAUGUAUCUAAAAUAAACGACAAAAUACUUCAACUACAUGUAUUUGUAUACAGAAAUACAUUUGCAAGUAGCCGGCCCGAACAGCAACAGCAUCCUCAGCAAAUGGUGACAGAAUCGUUUUACUUGCUGUGACUGUGAUAUGUUGGUAUCUACCUUAGUUGAACUGUAAAGGCGUGUGCUUCCCUUCCCAAACACUAAGGACGGUUCAUGCAUGUAUAUUAUGAUGACAUUUUGGGAAGUUUUUUUUUUCUAAAAUUGCGGGACCAGGAUCUCCUCGGCAAAAAAACGCCAAUGACGGAAUUUCUUGAGUUAGCUUAGAUUCAUUCUUACUAUUUUGAGGAAGUGUAUACUGGCUACGGCGUCUUAAGAUGGACAAACAGUACUAUUGUCACUUUUUUUUCCCUCUUUUUUUUCAAGCAAAGGACUUAAGGAAGUAUGCGAGCACACUAGUUUAGCCAGGCGCCAGCCAAAACCGAAGGAUGCGGAAGGCUUAAGUGACCAAAAUAUUAUGUAUUAUGAAAAUGAACAGACCAAAAUUAACUGCAAAGCACACUGGGUAUUAUUAUUAUUAUUAUUAUUGGCCUUUUUUUGGGGGGGGGCGGAGCUCAUUCAAAUAUUACUCAGCAUGCUUUGCAAUUGUUAAUUUUUCCAUAUACAUGUAUGUUUAGUUCAUUCAGCAGACGUUCUUAUCACACCGUAGUGCCAUCAGACUACUGAUACCAAUGCAGGGUGAAAAGGGGGCCACAAAAUCAUGAAUCGCUAUUUGAAAAAAAAAUAAAAAAAAAUGUUAUAGAAAAGUAUUUUCUAUUUCUGAAAAUACGAAUGACAUCUUUCGAAAGUAUCUUGUUACAGAAUACAUCGGAGUGUCGUUCAGCCUGGCGAAAUCCACAUUUACAAAAUACUUAAGUAAUUGAAAUAGAUAUUUCAAAUGUAGCCCAUCUCUGCCAACAGCAGCAUAGGUCCUUAGAUCAGACUAUAAGGACCGUAGGCUAUACCUCAGAGCCGUUUACUAUAUAGAUACAGUGGGGUCCGAAAUUAUUGACACGUUUGAAUAAGAUGAGCACUAAUUACCGUAUAAAAUAAAUCAUACUUAGCUAUAUUGUAUGCUCCAAAAAAAAUGUGGUUAUUAUUUUAUACAAAUACAAUUGCUCAGAGAAAAACAUUUUGUUUAACAAGUACUCUAUUUUAUUUUGUGGCCAAUUUAACAUUUUCUUUGUGGAUUUUGAUGUGUGCUUGGGGUUAUUGUCCUGCUGGAAAUCCCACUUGUGGUCAUGUUUCAGUCUUCUGUCAGAUGCAACCAGGUUUAUUGGCUAAAUGUCCUGGUUCUGGUUUCAUUUCAUGAUGCGAUUGACCAGAGGAAGCAACAUAUCCCCAAAACAUCAAAGAUCCACCAUCAUAUUGUACAGUAGUUCCGGGUUUAUUUUCUGCUCGUACGUUCUCAUUUAGACACUAAACCCACCACUGGUGUGUGGCCAAGGUGCUCUGUGUUCCCGUCAGCCAACAAAUGGAAACGUCGGGAGUUUGAUAAACGGAAAUUGCACUUGGAUUGUAACCGCUGCUCUGGUCAGAGGACAUGAACAUAGAGGUUGUUCUUCCACUGGUCCUGAGGCCCUUGUUAAGGUCAGUGGCCUCAUGGAACUCUACCCAGUCUCUGGCUGUGAAACCCGUUGAAAACAUCUGAUUUUAAUUAAAAAAAAGGUCCGUCUGACUGUAUCCCCCAUCCCUAUUGAAAACAGGGUGGUAAUCAUUUUGACACCUAACUUUUUUUGAGAAAAAAAAAAUGGAAUACUUGUUUAAACAAAAUCUAUUUUUCUGAGCGAUUAUAAAAAUAAAUACAUUUUUUUUUUAAAAAGUUUAAAAUAAUAUCUAUUUUUGUUGCAUACAAUAUAUCUCAAUAUUUAUUAUGUACAGUCACUUUUUGCACAUGUUUAUCAAAGGUGUCAUUACUUUAUGACCCCACAGUAAAUACCAUAGGAACGUAUAUUGUUCCGGAACACUAUGCAUUCCUGUGUUCUAAGAGCAGCCCGACAGACAUCGGUCCCUUAGACCAGCCACCAAGCCCAACUCAAGUCUAAACCCCAAGGUUAAAAAAAAAGAUCUGGACUCCUGAAACAUAACACAGUAAAUAUAGUAUGAUGACGUCUGAACCAUUACAGUACACACCGUUUGUAGUUCCGCUUCCUCCUCUAAUCUCGUCAAAACAAAAUAUAAUCUUUAGCAUUCAGAUCAUCGUUCUUCUAUUGCCUACCGAUGGAUUUUUUAACAUGGUCUUACUGCUAGAAGAUAUAUUGUUUUUGGGAAUCUCACCCCAGAGCACCGAACAGAAACAUCUACCGUUGAACAGCAACCCAAAUCACCAUGUAAGGAUGUACUGGUUGCGUGAAAGGUCAGUCCAGGUCAGAAUGAGAACGCUAAAGUAUUCCCAGAGAAAAAGCAAGUUAAAAGGAAAUGCCUUUGUAUGUGGUUCUAUUACCUUAGAUGUCAACUGUAGUCCAAUACUAGCAUAAUAAAAACAUAUUCAAUGCAAA